AUGGAAUGGCUAGGAAACAAAAUAAUAAGCAGUUUAAAUACUAGAUCAAUGUUAGUAAAUUGUUGUCAACGAUAUAGACAGUAUUAUAGUGGGUAUGGUGGAAUAAAUAAAAUAGCUAUUAUGAAUUCAUUUCGAGAUAGCCAAAAUCAAUGUAAUAAAUCAAUUAUAUUUCAAAAUAUUAUAAAUAAACCUCCAUAUAUACAAUUUAAUAUAAAUAAUAUCAAUAAACGAUUUUACAACCCUAGGGAAAAUAUUAAUUGGGUACUUAUAAGAUUUCGUCAUAGAGUAUCACAAUUAAGAAAAAAAAAAUUAAAAUACAAAAAUCAUUCAAAAGUUGCUUUAAGAUUUCGUUUAACAAAAUUUGGAUGGGAAAGAUUACAGUCAGGUAGAAAUGCAAGUAAAAAAAAUUUAUCAGUAAAAAAAUAUCAUGAAAAAAUGAAAAUAAAAUAUGUCUCAAGAGAUGAUAUUAAAAAGUUUAAAUUUCAAAUGCCAAGUUAUGUACUAAGGAUAAGAGAUUCACCUGUAAAUUACAACCCUAAUAUAAUGAGAUCUCGAAAGUUUUUGCCAUCUCAUUUUGGCUAA